GCCCCUGAAACAUGGUCCAAAGGCUUCUCUGGUACCGGACAGGAUGGCAAGGGUCCAGGGGAAGCCAUCAUCAAGGUGUUGGAGGAUUGCUCCGCGGACUUUGCCCAGAUGGAGGCGGAGACCAAGUCGCAGGAGGUUCAAGAGGAGGCCGACUUCGACAAGGAGAUGAUCGACGCCAAGAAGGAGAAGGUUCGCCUUCAGACGGAGAAGAGCUCCAAGGAAGAAGAGGAGGCUCGUUUGUCGGAGAAGAUUCGAGACAUGUCCGAGAAGAAGAAGAUGACCGAUCGGUCCGUUGCCCUGUUGGCCAAAUACCAUGAGGAUUUGUCCCAGAAGUGCAACCAGACCGCCUACGAGGCGCGCACGGCGGAGCGCAAGGUCUCCAAGGUUGAGCCGCAAAAGUCCCAGGCGUCCAGCGCGGUGCGACGGGGGGAGCUGCUGUUCACGGAGGAGUCCUCUACAGCAGAAUGCCUCAAGAUGCAGGAGGAGCUCUUCCAGCGGCCCAGCACCGCGUUGCCCCUGGCCACGCAGCUCUUCGUGGCGGUGCUGCAUGAGUUGAUUCAACGGGGCCAGACGGCGAAGAUUGAGCAGCUGAAGCAACUGGAAGGGCACCAGCAGCAGUGGGCCUCCACUGCACGGACCUUGUACGAUGGCCUGAAGGAGGAAGUCGCCCAAAGCAUCUCCUUCGAGCGUUUCUUAGAGCUCUUCGCCCAGUGCGCGGCCAACGCCCACGAGGUGGACGGAGCCCAGGGCGCGGCCAUCUUCGUCCUGGGCUCCAUGGCGGAACACAGCUGCAGGCCCAACGCCUUCAAAAACGUCCAGGGCUCGCAGCUCACGGUGCGCGCGAUGGAGGACUUGGUGCUUGGGGAAAAGGUGAGCAUUUCGUACAUCCCGGAGUACUACCCCACCUGGCAAAGGCAGCGGCUGCUGCUGCACGGCUUCAACUUCCACUGCCGCUGUGAGAGGUGCUGCGGCUUCGAGACUCCCGAGCUGUGCUGCGCCUUCAGAUGUCCGGAAUGCGAGGGCCCAUGCUGUCCGCCGACUCCAUGCACUGAACUGGGAGGCUUCUGCGAGUUGCUGUGUGAGGAGUGCGGCUUGCGGUGCAGUGGUGAAGAGUUGGAGGCUUUCAAAAAGGCAGAGACUCUGGAGGAGUUUGGAGAAGAGAGUGCGGCUGCAUUGCAUCCCUACCAUUUCAAAAUUUUCCACAUGUAUCUGAAGCAUUUGGACCAGGUGCCAGCCGCCACGGCGCUGCAGAUCUUCCCUCAGCUCUUCGAGGCCUUCGGGCGGCUGAGAGAGGAAGGCCAUCCCUUUCUGUCGCAGCUGGCGCAACGAGAAGCCGAAAGCUGGGAGAAGGCCUUGCUCAAGGAAGCUUUUGAUGCCUCUGCGGAGACAAUGCUGCUGCGAAGCAAGGCUCAUCUCUCUGUGCUCUCUAGCGGGCUGCAGCGCUUCGAUGGGAUGCGUUGGGUCUUCACAGUGCUGUCGAGUCUGGUGCUGAUCCGUGCACGACACUUUGAGAACGAUGACAGCUUAGACAGCGUCGAUGCGGACGACAGCCCGGGAGCCAUGGUGGCCAUGGUGGCCAUGGUGGAUUGGGGCUUCAAGCCUGCAGACCCUUGGCGCGUGGGUGCCAUGACAUAUGCAGGGAGGCCCCGAGCUAUGCCUCCCUUUCAAAGGCGCGACGUGACGGGGUCUAGUGGCGGAGGGCACCGUAGGCCAAGUCUGCUGUGCCGACAGCGCGGAUUGCAAGCGGCAUGGCUGCUGCCAGUAGGUUCCAUCUACAGGGACCAAUGGUAUCAACGAGAAGACCGCAAAGAUCCCCAAAAGCUCAUAGUUCACCCGGUUCACCAUGUGUGA